CACGCGAUCGAGUCGUCGUUGAUGUAACCAAAUAAAUGAACCUACUGUCGACGCUAUCUCAAAUUAUAAACAAAAAAUUUACUGAUAACAAUGCUCAAUUUACUAUAUAAAUCUAGUUAUGUGUUCGUACUCUUUUAUUAUGCCAUCAUACCUCUCGGAUAUUUAACCAAGUGGUGGGUCACGAUUGAAAAAAUGAAGGGUAACAGCACAAUAUUAGUAACAGGAGGUGGAGGUUAUGUAGGAUCUCAUACAGUAGUAGAACUGCUAAAGAAUAAUUACACCGUUAUAGCAUUAGACAAUAUGAUCAACUGCUAUUCUGGCAACGAAAAACCAGAGUCAUUAAAAAGAGUCGAACAAAUUACUGGAGAAACUGUUACAUUCUACAAUGUAGAUAUUCGGGAUAGAGAGGCUUUAGAUAAGAUUUUUAAAACUCACAAAAUUGAUUCUGUCAUUCAUUUUGCAGCUUUAAAAGCUGUAGGAGAAUCUGUGAAAAUUCCUCUAACCUAUUACCAAAAUAACGUUGGUGGAUCAGCAACAUUGCUCGAAGUAAUGGCUAAAAAUGGUGUAAAAAGUAUAGUAUUUUCUUCAUCGGCGACAGUUUAUGGUAAUCCACAGUUUUUACCUAUUACUGAAGAUCAUCCUACAGGUCAAGGCUGCACAAAUCCUUAUGGAAAGACCAAAUUCUUUGUUGAAGAAAUUAUGAAAGAUGUUUGUACUUCAGAUCCAGAAUGGAAAGUGAUCCUUUUGAGGUACUUUAAUCCGGUGGGUGCACAUGACUCAGGGAUGAUAGGAGAAGAUCCUUCAGGAAUACCAAAUAAUUUGAUGCCAUAUAUUUCUCAGGUAGCGGUAGGUCGUAGAGAGAAACUCCAAGUAUUUGGAGGCGAUUACGAAACCCCAGACGGAACUGGAGUCAGGGACUACAUUCACAUAACUGAUCUCGCUAUAGGGCAUUUAAAAGCACUGGAAAAGAUUUUCCAGUGCGACUUCAGGUCCUGGAAAGCCUACAAUUUGGGCACAGGGCGUGGCUAUUCAGUAUUAGAAAUGGUGAAAGCUUUUUCCGAGGCCUCAGGGAAACAGAUAAAGUACGAAAUAACAUGCAGAAGGGAAGGUGACAUCUCUGCGUGUUAUGCGGACGCCAGUUUGGCCAAGAAGGAGCUGAACUGGACAGCCACAAGAGACGUGAAAGAUAUGUGUAAAGACACUUGGAAUUGGCAGAAUAAGAAUCCAAAAGGUUUCCAAAAAUCUUAAUUUUAUUAAUUUCAGACUCGUAAUUGUUCAUUUUUUUUUUCGAUAAAAAACAGCUAAAGCUAUCUAACUUAAUGAAAUUUAUCAGUGACUUAUUAAUAGAUUGAUAAUGAUAAUGACUUGUAAGGAGAUUGAGUGUUGUAGAUUACUAUCAUGAAAUAAACGUUCGUAAAAUUAUGAACGUCUGAUUAGUUUGAAAAUUGAAUUGAAUUGAAAAGCAACUGCACUAAAAAGGACAGAAAAAUAUCAAAUAAUUAUUUUUGCAAUCUGAUAUCAACGAUGUGAUAAAUUAAAUAUUUUCAAUAAAUUUUCAAAGAUAAUAUACAGGGUGUAAUGGUGAAUGGGGGUCAUAUUUAUAACGAAAAUACCUUUGACAUCUAGAAACAAAUUUGUUUUUACAAGGGAGAAAUGAGUUUAAGUGCAGUUUAAAAGACAAAUUUUCAACUCGACCAUUAUUUGAUUUAAAAAAAUAUAUAUAUUUCAGGCUAUUAUUCUAGGGAACAUCUCUAAAAAAAUGGCCCUCACUUAUAGUUACAUCCUGUAUAGUGUAGCAGAAGGUAUAGUAUUUUGUUAAAUUUCAAUUUUGUUGAUAAUGAAAAUCACUUUAAAUUUUAAUAUUUAUAAUAAAUUUUAAAAGCUUAAGUUACUGUACAACUUUAAAAUUGACAAUAUAAAUUUUUUUAUGUAUAACUUUCAGUGGCGGCUCGUGACAUUGAGAAUAGGUGAAGUAUUGAUUGACUAAAAAAAUGCGCUUGAGGCGAAAAUUUCA